AUGUUGUUGACUUGGGGGCAACCGGCAGCUAAACAGAGCCGCCAAGUGCGCCAAUCCCUUUCGAAACAACCGGUGAACUUGCUUGAUGUCCAUGUCAAUCUGGAUUUCACGACAGUGAAAUGCAAUCCGGAGUUGUUUGGGCCUAAAUGCGCAAUAAGCGAACACCUACCAAGGGAACGCAAAAUCACGUUAUCGAACUUUGUGGUGGAUUACUGUGGUCAGCUGGAUCAAAAUGAAACUCGACUACGAGUUGGUGAGCAUAACGGAGAAAAUUGGGUUCUUGCACCGACUGUAGUCAAUUUGACGUACUCUCCUUCGGAUCAAGCACAUGUGAACAUUUUCCAAGCAGACAGUAGGGUGACUAUUACAGUCUACACGCAGCUCCGCUUCGUCCUCGAAAAACUGGAAUGGUUCGGCGAGGAUGAGGCUCGAGCAACAACAUUAGUAGUUGGAUUCAUGAAUUGCAAGUCGAAAGCCAAAGUUGGCAAUAGAUCGGUGAUUCUUCGAUCGGUUUCUACUGACAACAAGGCGACGCUGAAAGUGACGCUGACAGAUGGCGAUCACGUGGAACCGAAUAAAUUGACAGAAAUCGAAACGACUAGAGUUCAUCAUUCUGAAUUAAUGAAAGUGCUCAAUCCAAUUCCGAACAAAGAGAUAAUCUCGCGAAUAGCACCUGAAACCGCCGGCCCUUCAGACUUAUUGCCGAAGAUUUCAAAGCUUCGAAAAUAUUUUUCUGAGGAUCACGAAGCUGCCCAGGCGGAAAAGAUGCGUCUCGCCAGAGUUUCGCGUUUGAAGACUUUUGACGAUUCCGAUUUCGCUCUUACGAAACAAGCUGCGAUAUUUUCAACGCUCAUUGAAUCAGCGACAGAGUACAUCCACCUGAUCGGCAUUGCUGGAGAGCGCGUCCCCUGUAAACUGCCAUUUCACAAUCAACAGAACAAAGAACUCACCUUGAUGCUCGAUACUCUACCACAGGAGUUUUCAAUGCGCCCUUCUCGCUAUGUUUCUCGCUCAAGUACUGGAAUCUAUUCAAUUUGCUUGCCGCCAAUGAUCGAGGCCGAGAUUCUUUUCGACUUCUUCCCGAUUAAUCCGCAGCCGCAGAUUAACGUCACAUUAGACCUUCGGACCAGUUGUGGCUCUGUCUAUCAUCGAUUCUUUCUCCGUGGAUUUGUGCUCCCUCCGCGUCAGUAUUCGACGAUAAACCUAGUCGAAGCCGAGAAUUCCAUUCUGAAGAAAAACAUUCCCCUCCCAAUUGCUCUUUCCUCCUCUACGACUUUCCACAAUUACUUCUUUUAUAAAAUCUCUGGCGAGCCACUCAUCGGCCAUCGUUUUCAAAAACUAUCGGCGAACGAGAUAGAAUUCGCGAUGAAAACUCCAAAUGCCCCGGACGAAAUUAUCGGCUGGCUCCAUUUUCAUGAAGGUCAUCGAUGGCGCCACUCGAUAAAAAUGACUAUUCAAGCUGCUGUCUCGCUUGGAUCCCAAACCCUGGAUCAGGGAACGUUCAAAUACAUGUCCGUUCCUUUCCAGAUCCCCAUCAGUGGCAGGCCUACCUUUCACUAUUCGCAUGCAAUUAGGAAUAUGAACAUUCGAUAUUGCGAUGAAGCGCUUCCGAUUGUCCAGGACUAUCCUAAAUUCGGCGUUUAUGCUCACUGUCCUGGAAACUUCAGGAGAAUGCUUAGAAUAACGAAUUCUGGAAGCGUGAUGCAAAAUUACAUAUUCCACCUCGACGUCCAGCCGCCGAAAAUCUCAAAAGAAAUGGAGCUCUAUCUAAAAGGCUCGAAAAACGUACGAAAGAGAGUAGCCCUACACAAUCCUUACAAUCAACCAAAGACGUUCAAAAUCUCCUCUUCGUGUGCUAAAAACGCAAUCGUCACUCGACCAGAUAUUCAACUCGGCGCCGACGAGAAUGGAAAGAUCGAAUUGAUACUUUCCGGCGUAACUGGGAAAUAUUACAUUUUUAUAAAUGAUGAAAAUAACCUCGCUGAAGACGCUUUUGCCAUAUCCGUGUUUUAA